GCAGAAACCCGAUCCUACGGAAUUAUCCUGUGUAAAGGAGCACUUUUGUCGUAGGUCGCGUCAAGUCGGCAUUAGCUAGCCCUGAUGCCUCGUACGAGAUGGAGGAUAUCUGGAAAAGAUUACAUGCGUUAUAGCACAACCCCUCUCUGUGCAGUUUACACGGAUACUUUGGAACGUAUAUAAGUACGAUCAAACAGCCAUUGAGACCUAUACUUUUCCAUUGCUGCAGGGGAGCAAGCUGUCGACAGUUCUUUAUCUAUAUACGCCUUCUUAGAAGCGCGAUUCGUAGCUUCUAUUGGUGCAAACACCAGUUACCCCUUGCAAAAUUCCCUAGAGUCAAAGAUACGCCGGUCUAUCAAUUGUGAAGAUGGGCUAUCCUUCGACGGGUCGCGGCAUCAAGCCAUCUUCUAUGGCUACUUUAGCCUUUCUCUUAUCAGGCACAGGCGCAAUUGUGAUGCCUAGUGGAACUGGAAAAGUUCCAAGCCUGGGUUGGAAUUCAUGGAAUGCCUAUCACUGCGAUAUUGAUGAAAGCAAAUUUCUUUCAGCCGCUGAGCUAAUCGUGAGCACCGGUCUCCUUGACGCAGGAUAUAAUUACGUCAACAUUGACGACUGCUGGUCGAUGAAGGAUGGGCGUGUUAAUGGCCAUAUUGCCCCCAACACGACCCGUUUUCCCGACGGCAUCAAUGGGUUGGCUGAUAAGGUCCAUGGUAUGGGCUUAAAACUAGGCAUUUACAGCACUGCCGGAAGUGCGACAUGUGCUGGCUAUCCGGCCAGUCUUGGGUACGAGGAUGUCGAUGCCGCGGAUUUCGCCAGUUGGGGAGUAGACUAUCUAAAAUAUGACAACUGCAACAUUCCCUCAGAUUGGCAAGAUCAGUAUGUUGCCUGCGACCCAGACGCUGUCGCAACCGGCCCGAAUGGCACUUGCACCACUGCUCUUGAUCCAAACCUUGCGCCUCCAGGAUACGAUUGGGGCACCUCGAAAUCGGCCCAGCGCUUCGACCGCAUGAGAGACGCCCUGGCCAAGCAGACCCAUGAAAUUGUGCUCAGCCUGUGUAUCUGGGGCACGGCCGACGUCUUCUCUUGGGGCAACACGACGGGCGUUAGCUGGCGCAUGAGCGGCGAUAUCUCUCCCGAAUGGAGCUCUGUUACUCACAUCCUAAACUUGAACUCAUUCAAGAUGAACUCGGUUGGCUUUUGGGGCCACAAUGACGCCGACAUGCUCGAGGUUGGCAACGGCAACUUGACACCAGCCGAGACGCGCACCCACUUUGCUCUGUGGGCCGCCAUGAAAUCUCCCCUUCUCAUCGGAACCGACAUCAGCGUGCUGUCUCAGGACAACAUCAACAUCCUGAAGAACAAGGAUUUGCUGGCUUUUAACCAAGACGAUGUUUACGGCAGGCCUGCGACUCCAUACAAGUGGGGUAUCAACCCUAACUGGACGUACAACAGUACAUAUCCCGCCGAGUUCUGGGCCGGCCCUUCCAAGAAUGGCCAUCUGGUGUUGAUGGUGAACACUUUGGGCCAGACAACUACGAAGAAGGCAGUUUGGUCAGAGAUUCCGGGUCUUUCUGCUGGAAGGUAUCGUGUAAAGGAUGUGUGGAGCGGCAAGAGUCUGGGCUGUCUAACUUCGUACUCGGCAUCCGUUGCUGCUCAUGACACCGCCGUCAUUUUGGUUGGUCAGAGGUGUUAGGAGGUUGUGAAAGGAUUGGCUAUAAAAAGGCAUUAUCCACGUCCUAGUUGUCUACCUAGGGAGCUUACAUGAAGCUUUCCAUAGAAUACAUGUAUAAGGUUGUCUGCUCGAAUUUCGCCCAAUAGACGAUGCUGCGAAUACUACUCGCAUCGAACAAGCGACGUAUUCCAGAUUAAAAGUGUUUACAUUGGUUCAAGG